AUGCAGAAGGGAAAACAGAAACAGAAGCGGCCGACGCGGCGGUCGAUGACCUUUAGUGGAUGCUUUACGUGUCGGGCACGCGGCGUCAAGUGCGACGAGCAGCGGCCGGCCUGCCAGCGCUGCGUAAAGGCCAAACGGAUGUGUGCCGGCUACGGCGUACGGCUCAUCUGGGAAGACCGCGAUAAAAGAGCCGAGUCGGGCCUGCGGAGCGAGCGACGGCCGCUUCCGUGGGCCUAUGGUUACGAAACUGGGGACCAUACGGAGGUCCCUGCGCUCAGAGAUGCGGACUUGGACGCCGUCAUCGCAGCCCUGCCAGAGGAUCGGGGCCAUUAUCCUCUGGAUCCCUAUGCUCACGCCCAGGCCCAUCCACACCCCCACGCACGCUUGUUCACCGUCUUGAUGGUCACGCCACCGGUACCCUCGCCUCUGCCGUUAGCCUCGCUGGACGACGUGCUCGCCGUCCACGACCUCGACUUUCACAAUCUCGGCCAUCUCAACGAGCUCGGCGAGCUCGACGACAUCUACAACAUGCACGACACCCACCACUUCGGUAACCUGCACGGCCACGUCCCAAAUGAUCUUCACAGUAUCUACAACCUGUCACUCGAACAGUGGUGGGUGACCACGCCGACAUCGACAUCCCAAGACGACCAGCGCCUGAUUCCCAACGACAACACGGCCACACUCGAGCUCUGUCUGUCGCCUCGUCCGACCAAGGAAAGUCGUCUGCUGGACUACUGGAUUGCCCACACGAGCAGCAUCAUGGUCUCGAUCCCCCGGCGCGACAACCCGUUCCGCUCCAUCUUCGUGCCCAUGGCCCUCGUUGCGCAGAGCCAGCUUUUCCCUUCCGAUGAGCACACGGCCCUGCUUCACGGCAUCUACGCCAUGGCCGCUUUCAACUGCGCCCAGCAGCAGUCCAUCACCAACAGCGGCGCCUACAACAGCCUCGGCAUGAGUCAUCACCAGGUCAGCCUCGCCCAUUUGCAGCGCAGCCUCAGCAGCCUCAGCCUUGGCUUCGACCAUACCUCCAAUCCCGAGGCAAUUCUUGCCACUAUCAUACUCCUCAUCACUACCAACUGCAUCACCGGAAACUCGACUGCUUGGCGCUCGCACAUCCGCCUCGGCCGCCAGUGGCUGCUCUCGUCCGUAAAGGCCCCUUGGCGCACCCAGCACGCCGCCUGCACUCUCUACCAUAUCUUCCUCAUCCUCGAGGCUAUCGGAACGUCGGCCAACAUGUCCGACCUGCUCGACACCGCUGAUGGUUCCGAUGGCGCCAGCCAUGGUCACGACUACACCUACAACAGUAUUUUUGGCCUCUCCUGUACCGCCCUCUACCACGACUACCAGCUCGACAGCCUUUACGGCAUCACUCAGCCCAUUUUCGAGGCCAUCGUCCACAUUGACCGGCUCGGCGCCCGCUCUGUCUCACCAUCCCAGCAGGAGCUCGAAAACCUGCGGGUCAAGAUCUUGCUCAAUGAUCCGCGUGCUCUGCGCAUCAGCGCACUCGACAACGCUGAUGACACCGAGCAUCGCUUCGUGCGCCAUCACGCCUACGUCUUCUACUUCGCGUGCCGCAUCCACUACGAGCGCGUGCUGUUUCGUGCCACUCCGCACGCUAUCCAGAACCUCGUCCGCUGCGCUCUGGACCACCUUGAGGCCAUCGCUAGCCUCGAGACAAACACGAACGUUGCUGGCCUCACAUGGCCAGUGUUUGUCGUCGCCUGUGAGGCCGAUGAUCCUGUUUUGCAGAAACGGUUUGGCUGGUACUUUGACAAGGGUCAGAAGUACGGCAUCUGGAGCAUCUCUUCCGCCUAUCUCGUCCUCUCCGAGGUCUGGAGGAGGCGGAGGAAUCAGUCGAGAGAAGACCAAGCCAACGAGAGCUGGCAACAGGUAAUGACAGACCUGGGCUUGGAUUUACUGCUUACGUAA